CUGUCGGUCUCGAAAUCUCACCAAAAAAAAUUUGUGAGGUUUGCUGACUGUGAACUCGGAUAGCCAAGCCUGCAUUCAAUUACGUCCAUCAAAGAAUGGAGCAACUUAUGCAGCAGGCCCAGGCAGCUGGUCUUAGCCAGGAUGAGGGAAAAAGCUCUCUAGGAGCGGUUUUGAGCCUCCUCAAGAGCAACAUUCCCAACGAAGACUUCACGAAGAUUUCUCAGGCCCUUCCGGAAGCGGAGCAGCUAGCCUCCGAAACCGAUGCCGAUGUAAAGUCUAGAGACAAUGGCACUGGAGGCCUUUUACAGAGUGCCAUGGGGAUGAUUGGAUCCGGAGGAGGGGGAGGUACUAGUGGCGGGGUUAAAAAUCCAGCCCAGAUGCUCGCGCUUUUGUCGAGUAUGGGAAUCGAUUCAAAGCAGAUGAUGUCGUUUCUACCCAUGGUUGCAAAAUUUGUUCACGAGAAAGCCGGUGUCGAUAUAUCGUCUUAUCUCAAUGUUCCGGCGGCUUCUAGUGAUGCGAUGGCUGAAUCUGGUAGUUCUGCAUCCCAGACGGACGGCACUGGAACAGGAAGCCUCGCGAGCCAGGCGACGAAUCUCUUAGGGAGAUUUGGGAAAUAAGCAAAGUAAAACCGGCUUACAGCUAGUUAUUGCGCAAUUCUUUAUUUUAAAUCCAAUAGGAUUGGAACAACUGCUGAC